AGAAAAAUGAUAUCCAAAAAAAGUGUAAAGUCAACGUGACACAUGAUGGACUGCCUUCUUCUCCUUGGCGCCUUUUGCUUAACCUUUAAUUCCCUCCAUUGACAUCACUUGUUUUGGUAUAACCCGACCCGAUUUUGACCUCUAAUGGCAUGGCCACUGUUCACCUUUACUCUCACGAUCCUCUCUCUGUUCAUACACUACGGCGUCGUUUAUAGCUCCGUUGACGGAAGCCGUCGUACAACAACCAUGUUACUUCCGCUCUUUCCUCCCAAAAACACUUCCCGGCGUGCUGAAAUCUCCCGUCGGCAGCUGCUGAAUAGCCCUGCCAAUGCUCGCAUGUCUCUCCAUGAUGAUCUCCUCAUCAACGGAUACUAUACAACUCAUAUUUGGAUUGGAACACCACCGCAGAAGUUUGCUCUUAUUGUUGAUACAGGGAGUACUGUUACUUAUGUUCCUUGCUCUUCCUGUAAAAAGUGCGGCAACCAUCAGGAUCCUAAGUUUCAGCCGGAAAUGUCAAGCUCUUAUCAAUCUGUGAAAUGUGAUAAGGCUUGUCCCUGCGACCUUAAAAGGCAGCAAUGUAUUUAUGAAAGACGGUAUGCUGAGAUGAGUUCAAGUUUUGGGUUGCUUGGAGACGACGUCAUAUCUUUUGGGAAUCUAAGUGAGCUUGGACCACAACGAGCUGUUUUUGGAUGUGAAAUUGCGGAAACUGGUGAUCUUUACAGCCAACGUGCUGAUGGAAUAAUGGGCUUGGGUCGAGGGGAUGUCAGUAUAGUUGAUCAACUUGUUGAAAAACAUGUAAUCAGUGAUUCUUUCUCCUUGUGCUAUGGAGGGAUGGAUUUUGGUGGUGGGGCGAUGGUUCUUGGUGGAAUAAAACCCCCUGCUCACAUGGUCUUUACCAAAUCAGAUUUUGGUCGCAGCCCAUUCUACAAUAUUGAGCUGAAGGAGAUACAUGUAGCCGGGAAGCCGCUGAAAAUAAAUCCUCGGGUUUUUGGUGGAAAACAUGGGACUAUUCUUGAUAGUGGUACAACCUAUGCUUACCUUCCAGAAGCAGCAUUUAUAGCUUUCAAGAGUUCUGUGAUGAAAGAGCUUCAUUCUCUAAAACAGAUCAAAGGGCCUGAUCCUAGUUUUAAUGAUAUUUGCUUUUCAGGGGCUGGAAGCGACGUGUCACAACUCGCAAAGAACUUUCCGCAUGUUGAUAUGGUAUUCAGCGAUGGAAAAAAACUAACUCUUUCUCCUGAAAACUACUUGUUCAAGCACUUCAAAGUACGUGGGGCUUAUUGCCUAGGAAUUUUCCCGAAUGGAAAGAAUCCAACUAGUCUUCUUGGAGGAAUCGUUGUUCGCAACACUCUUGUAACUUACGAUCGUGAAAAUGAAAGAAUCGGUUUUUGGAAAACUAAUUGUUCUGAGUUAUGGGACAGACUGAAUUUAUCUCCUCCACCUCCGUCUCCAUCUACACCAGUGCUUUCAGGCUUGGAUAACCGAAACUCCACUGCACAUAUGUCUCCUUCACCAGCUCCGAGCAAACCUCCUGGGUACAAUAUACCUGGGGAAGUGAAAAUUGGGAUCGUUACAUUUUACUUGUUACUAAGUGUCAACUACUUGGAGUUGAAGACACGCAUUCCAGAACUUGCCCAUCUCAUUGCCCAAGAGUUGGAUGUUAAUGUUUCACAGGUUCGCAUAAUGAACUUUUCAAUGAAGGGAAAUGAUUCUCUCACUAAAUGGGCCGUCUUUCCAGCAGGAUCUACAGACUAUAUGCGAAAUGCUACUGCAAUGGAAAUAAUAGGCAGGUUGGCUGAACAUCAUCCUCUUCUACAGGACUCCUUUGGACGUUAUAAAUUGUUCAACUGGGGCAUUGAACCUCCAACAGAAAGGAAGCAUUGGCCGCGAAAUUACUUGGUUCUAGUGGUGCCAUUUUUAGUUGUUUUCAUAGUUGGAGUAUCAGCUCCUGUUGGAUGGUUAAUUUGGAGGCGAAGGCUAGAACAGGCUCUUCCUUAUGAACCAGUUGGAAGUGUUGAAACUGUUGCUCAUGAGCAAGAACUGCAGCCGCUAAAAUGAAAGGAAUUAUUUGGCCUCAGAUGGUUCUGUAAAAAGAAAUUUUUGAAGUGGUAGCGUUGAUCUCUUAUAGAGAGCAGAUCCAUGAUUUGAAUUUUAUGGGUUAUAAGUUCGGAUUUACUGGGUUUGAAAUCUAUUAUUUGUAAUUAUUUGGCAAAAACUUUAGCCACAAUUACUGAGUUUAGAUGAGCCUAUUAACAUAUGCACUCAAAUAAAACAAGACAGAGAGAAUAGGAAGUCGCACAAAUUAAAGUUGUUGGAGUGAAACCACAUUAGUAACUCGCAAUAUAUAUAGCAGUUUGUCUUUCUGUCUGUCGACACAAAGGGGGCGGAAACCCUCACUACUCUUGCAAAAAAAAGAUUUUUUGCAAUCA